UACACUAGGAAACACGAGUCUAAACUGCCGCGGGGACCUGGCUGUGACUGACGGAGGCCUCGGUUUUCUAAGAACUGCUCGCGGGGGAACCCAUCUGCAGCCACCAUGUCCGGCAGGAACAACAACAAGCUGCCCAGCAACCUGCCACAGUUACAGAACCUGAUCAAGCGGGACCCGCCGGCCUACACCGAGGAGUUCCUCCAGCAGUAUAGUCACUACAAAUCCAAUGUGGAGAUUUUCAAGUUACAACCAAAUAAGCCCAGCAAAGAUCUGGCCGAGCUGGUGAUGUUCAUGGCACAGAUUGGCCACUGCUACCCAGAGCACCUCAGUAACUUCCCUCAGGAGCUGAAGGAACUGCUUUCCUACAACCACACCGUCUUGGACCCGGAUCUCCGCAUGACAUUCUGCAAAGCCUUGAUCUUGCUGAGAAACAAGAAUCUCAUCAAUCCAUCGAGUUUGCUGGAGCUCUUCUUUGAGCUCCUUCGCUGCCAUGACAAACUUCUUCGGAAGACUCUGUACACACACAUUGUGACCGACAUCAAGAACAUAAACGCCAAACACAAGAACAAUAAAGUGAAUGUGGUGCUGCAGAAUUUCAUGUACACCAUGUUGAGAGACAGCAAUGCAACUGCAGCCAAGAUGUCUUUGGAUGUGAUGAUUGAACUGUACAGGAGGAACAUCUGGAAUGACACCAAAACUGUCAAUGUUAUCACAACUGCAUGCUUCUCCAAGGUCACCAAGAUAUUAGUUGCUGCUUUGACGUUCUUCCUUGGGAAAGAUGAGGAAGAGAAGCAGGACAGUGACUCAGAGUCCGAGGAUGACGGACCCACAGCCAGAGACCUGCUGGUUCAGUACGCCACGGGGAAGAAAGGCUCCAAAAACAAGAAGAAGUUGGAAAAGGCAAUGAAAGUGCUAAAGAAACAAAAGAAGAAGAAGAAGCCAGAAGUGUUUAACUUUUCAGCCAUCCACUUGAUUCAUGAUCCCCAAGACUUUGCAGAAAAGCUUCUGAAGCAGCUAGAGAGCUGUAAGGAGAGGUUUGAAGUGAAGAUGAUGCUCAUGAACCUCAUCUCCAGAUUGGUGGGAAUUCACGAGCUUUUUCUCUUCAACUUCUACCCUUUUGUGCAAAGGUUUCUCCAGCCCCACCAGAGAGAAGUCACGAAGAUCCUUCUAUUCGCUGCACAAGCCUCUCAUCAUCUUGUACCCCCAGAGAUUAUUCAGUCAUUGCUCAUGACGGUGGCCAACAACUUUGUUACUGACAAGAACUCUGGGGAAGUCAUGACUGUAGGAAUCAAUGCGAUAAAAGAAAUCACAGCUCGGUGUCCUCUGGCCAUGACUGAGGAGCUGCUUCAGGACCUGGCUCAGUACAAGACACACAAAGACAAGAAUGUGAUGAUGUCUGCCAGAACCUUGAUUCAUCUCUUCCGGACACUGAACCCUCAGAUGUUGCAGAAGAAGUUCCGGGGUAAACCUACUGAAGCCUCCAUCGAAGCAAGAAUACAAGAAUAUGGAGAGUUAGACGCUAAAGAUUACAUUCCAGGAGCGGAGGUUCUAGAGAUUGAGAAAGAAGCGAAUACAGAAAAUGAUGAAGAUGGAUGGGAAAGUGCCAGCCUCAGUGGGGAGGAGGAGGAGGAGGAGGAUGGUGAAUGGGUCGAUGUGCACCACUCUUCUGACGAAGAGCAGCAAGCAAUCGCCAAGAAACUGGACAGCAUGCCCAUGGAGGAGCGGAAAGCCAAAGCUGCAGCCAUCAGCACCAGUCGAGUUUUAACACAGGAUGACUUCCAGAAAAUCCGCAUGGCCCAGAUGAAGAAAGAAAUGGAUGCUGCCCCUGGGAAGGCCCAGAAAAGGAAAUACAUCGAAAUUGACAGUGAUGAGGAGUCCAGGGGUGAAUUGCUGUCUCUUCGGGACAUUGAACGCCUUCACAAAAAGCCCAAGUCUGACAAGGAGACAAGACUGGCAACUGCAAUGGCUGGAAGGACAGACCGAAAGGAGUUUGUGAGGAAGAAAACCAAAAUAAAUCCAUUUUCCAGUACCACAAAUAAAGAGAAGAAAAAACAGAAGAACUUUAUGAUGAUGCGUUACAGCCAGAAUGUCCGGUCAAAAACAGCACGCUCCUUCCGCGAGAAGCAGUUAGCACUACGAGAUGCACUUUUGAAAAAGAGGAAAAGAAUGAAGUAACUUACCAGCAAGUUAUCCAUUUCCCAAUGCUGUGUGUAUCAAUAUGCCGAAAAUUAGUAAAUAUUUGCUUACAUUAAAAAGUCAAGAAACACUCUAUUUUGGAAACCACAAUAACAUUUGUAGCAACUUGGUGUUUUUAAUUUAGAGGUGGGGCUGGUGUGAAUGUGUGCUGUAAAUAGCACUGAUGUUAAAAACUCUUGACAGAAAUACUGAGUGCCUACUACUUGUUGCUGCGAAUGUAUGCUGAAUGAGCCAGAACCCGCGCCCGAGGGCAGAUGUAUAUAUGGUGUUUGUAGUAAGCUGUAAAUAGUCCCCUGUAGCAGUUAGUCCACAUUCCUGGGGUCCCUGGGGCUCCUGGACCAGCUGCGCAGGGAUGGGAGUUAUUCACACUCUUCGAAGAGGACAGUGUUACAAGAGUAAGAGGUUCUUACUUGUAAAUAGGCUUACCUGCUAAAGCAGGCUCCUGCUGUACAUACAGAUCCGGGGAGGCAACUGCGCUGUACUCUUAUUUUAUUUUUUUAAUGUAAAGAAUUUUGGCUAAGACCUUGUUUUUAAAUUGCCUUAAAUCUAAAUAGUGACUUUGAAGUGUCUGGCAGGAUCUGGUGGCAUACACCCGUAAUCCCACCCCUGGAAGCCAAGGCAGGAGGCUCCUGGUUUUAGAACCAGCGUGGGACAUACUGAGUUAAUUCAGGGGCAGCCUGGACUACACGGAGUGCAACCCUGACUCAAAAACAGAACCGUCUUUGAGCAUUCCAUUUGAGUGGCCUGUUCUGCUGUCUGCUGCUGUUGGAGUUUUGCUGGGCUGGGGAUGAACCCAGGACCUCGCGCUUACUAACACUAAGCAGAUUCUCUCUCUGCUGCUGAGCUGCAUGUCCAGCCCUGAGAGCCUGCUCUUCACUGGGUUUGGCCAGUUCCCUUUCAUUCAAAACUCGGCCCAUUGUUCGCCUUGUUCUCAGCCAAAGCCUAUGGGUUUUUGAUAUCAAUAGCUGUGUGCAGUGGUGUGUGCUGUAAGUGGUCAGGAGUCCUUUGCAAGACCCGGGCUGCACGCACACUGCUGGGUGUAGAAACAGUGUGAUGCCUUUUGCCUCAGAUUUCUUAGGUAAUCUUGUAGUAAGGAAGUGUUUGGAGUAGAGGAAAGGGCAGUUUUUUGUCCCUCAGAAUUGGUGAGCAGCUUUCUGAAGUUUGCUUCCCCUUUUUCAUUGCUCUGUUCAGUUUCUGAGUUCAGCUUUGGUUUUAUUUAUCCUGCCGCUUCCCCCCCUGGUUCCCUGGUCACUGUUAGGGGAUUGCCCAUCAGUCUUAUUACCCCUGAGCAGCAGUGGAGGGAGUGUCCAGUCUGUAUGUAUCAGGCCUGAAAUGGUCCUUGGCCUUUCUUCCUGUGUUCUUCGAUGGGUGUCUGUUGCUCGUCAGGUGGAAAACAGCUGCAAGGCUCACCGCUGCAGCCAUGCUUUGUGGCUUGUUUUAACUCCUCCUGCCGACAGCUCCCAGCUCCUGGGACUUGGCCACGCACUACCAUGCCCAAUUUCUGGGCUGCUGGGGGCGUACCCAGGGAUUGGCAUGUAAAUCCAGAAUACCAACACAUCAUCGGUGUGACGUAGCAGGUGUCACUGGUAAAGACAGCCUCGCCCGUCCUCUGCUGCUUCCCCGGCGCUAGGAAAGUGCCUCUUACAGUGCAGCCGGCACAGCAGGUGUGUGUGAGCCCAUGAGUUCCCCUGCCUGCCAAGGCGCUGCCUGUAAGUGUUGUACUGCCUCUCUUGUAGUAAACUGUGUGUUGGUAGGGUUUUCUUAGGGGACUAUUCUUUCUUUUAGUUACAGUUGCUGUGUUUGUUUUAACCAUCAAACCCAACGUUUAGGCAGCUAAUUUAAAACAGAUACUGAACGUCCACCAAGUAUAAAGCACCGCUAGGUGUUUGUGGCUACACACCAGUGUUUGUAUCACGUUGACACUUAGUCCAUUGGGAGAAACAUGAUGCGUGAAGAUACAGCGGAGCUUCAUCAAGAUCCAGUCACUUCGCAAGACACACACUUGAGUCUUCACAUUGCCUCAUAACACACGUGGCUUCUGUCUCAUGUGUUCCCAGCGCACAUGGGGGGGCAGCACAGCUCUGUAAAACUAAGGCGACGUAUGUAGGCAUAAUUUUUAAAUGUUAUGUUACAGUUAAUACAAGUUUUGUUUGUAUUCUGAUUCACUGAAAAUUUAUGUUUGUAGAGUGUUACAUUGACAUUCUAGUAAAGUGGUUUUUUUGUUGUC